AUGGCGACUUUAGCGGAGACUUUAGCGGACCCAUCGAGACCGUCGUUUCUUUUCGGCCUGACCCCGCCCUUAGAAGGCGCUUCGGACGAGGAAACGUUACAACACGCGGAAAAAUUCAUGAACAAAUCUCGCUCACUCGCCGUGGACGGGUACAUCGUGUACGACAUUCAAGACGAGGAAGGUAGGACUGAAAUGGCGAGACCGUUUCCGUUUCGAAAGCUUGGAGAUCCGGCGGCGUUUGCCACCGUGUUGGAGCGAGUCUCCGGAGGGAGGGCCUCGGUGGUGUAUAAGUGCGUGGCGGAGAGCGAUAAGGCGUCGUUUAACGAGUGGUUGAGUCACGCGGUUGAGAAGUCCAAGAACAUGUGUUUUAAUUUUGUCGGUGGGGCGACGCACAGUAAAGAGUAUAAAGGACCGACGAUUCCAGACGCGGCGGAUUUGUUGACGAAACAAUUGAAAGGCCACUUUGGCGGCGUGACGAUCGCGGAAAGGCACGAAAAGAAAGGAAAUGAACACGAAACGUUGUUGAAGAAGCAAAGUUUAGGCGCGGAGUGGUUUAUCACGCAAGCUAUUUACGAUCAACAGCCGACGAUUAAGUUAAUCAACGAUUACGGCAAGUUGUGCAAAGAGCGAAACGUGAAACCGGUGAAGAUCAUUUUAACAUUCGCGCCGUGCGGGAGAGAGAAAACGAUGAACUUUAUAAAAUGGUUAGGUGUACGAGUCCCGGAAUGGGUCGAGCAGAGAAUAUUUAGCGAAGACGCGACGCCGGCGAAAACGCCUCUGAACAAAUCGCCGGUGGAAAGAUCCGUUGACAUUUUGUGCGACAUGUGCGAAGAUAUUUUGGAGCAAACGAAAGACAGCGGAGUCCCGUUAGGCGUGUCCGUGGAAUCGGUUUCCAUCUUUAAAAACGAAGUCGAAGCCGCGCACGAGUUGUUCAGGCGAUGUCAGCACAUCGCGUUGGACUUUUUUAAGAGACCGUGGAGAGUGAACGUAGAGUUGAUUGACGAUAAGAAUAGAAAGACGAAUGACGCUAAGAAAAAGACGAAUGUUGCGAAGACAACCGAAGGAGGAGUUUUAGGCGAAAAUUCCACGCGCAACAUCAACCCGUUGAUCACAACUCUAGCCGCCGUCGUCGGCUUACUCGUCGGUCGUUUGGCAAAACCUUAA